AAUCAGUUAGGGUUAUUGAUAAGUGUUAGGACAUCCAAUUUAGCAUCCUAUAUGUUCAAAGUUAAUACUUAAUUUGCUCUGUCUUAGCAGACGUAAGCAACUAGGGAAUUUUAGAGAUACUUGUGUCAGUUAGCUACUAAGUAGAGCUAGUUUUUUCGUACUUCAGUUGCAUUUCCUAAAUAUAAAUAGGUUAUUUGUGUUAAUUUUAGCAUUGUUUGCACCCAGUCAAUGACUACCAUCGACAUCGAAGAAGGGGAAGUUGAAGAUUUAAGCGGCUCUGACCAUGAGGAUUCCGUACAUGAGUUCACAGACUACAGUCCACCAAAAGUUAGUCUUCGUAAGUCUUCGAGACGUAAACGACGCUCUCAGCAUGGAACUGGGAGGUCUAGGAGUUCUCGCCGUGAAACUACUGAAUUGUUAGGUGAUGAAGAUAAUGAGCUCCAGAAUGUCGAUGCACAGAAUAUUAAUAAUAAGCGCUCUAGGGAGCGAGCUAAACUACCAAUUCUUGAAUUCUUAUCGGACGAUGAAGUUGAUGCCUAUGUAAUGGACCGUGAGAAACUCGAUAAGACAAAAUCAUCUGAGGACGGUCGUAAGAAAAAAAAGCGAAAGAAAGAUGGUCCUCAUAAAUCUGCUUCUCAAUCUAGGUGUAGAUACUAUAUGGAUGGUCGUUGUAGCAAGGGGAGUUCUUGCCCAUUUCUUCACGAUUUUACGCCUGCAAAGAAAAAUGAACUAUGCAAAUUUUAUGCUGUUGGUGUUUGUUCCAAAGAGUUUGCGUGUUCAUAUUUACAUGGUGAAUUUCCGUGCAAAUUUUUUCACCUGACAAAUGAUUGUCAUCAUGGUGAUGAUUGCAAAUUUUCACACGCACCUCUCACAGAUUUCACGCGCUCUUUGUUAGAAAAAAUAUCAUCAAAGCAUAACGUUGAUCGCUGUUCAUCUAAACCUGGGCAUAUACGACAACCUGACCCAAAACCUCCCAUGACUGGCCAUCUGAGAAGCAAUAAUCAUGGUGAUGUUGACUACAGAUUUGAUCAAAAUCCCCCACAAAUGAAUAUGUCAUCUGAAAAGGAACUUGCUACUCUUGGUUUCAGUCCCCAACGUAUGCCAGUUUCAGCACCGAAUCUCUUCGCUCCAAUAUGUACUCCCAGUCCUCGUCACUUUCGACCAGAGCACGACGCUUUGCGCGCCAGAGGAAUGCGUCCGUUCAACAUGGUUCCUGGUGAGCAGAUGCCUCGAACUGUAUACCCCAAAAAUGACCGAUGUUUCCCUCCACCGACACCUUACGGUCCUGUACCAUUUCAGUCUCAACACUCCAUACCUAAUGCAUCAUGUCCACCUACAGUUAACGGAUUUCGACCUCCGUCACUACUUGAUACACCUCCUAGAUGUCCACCUUCAAGAAUGAUGCCUCCACGAAUGCGGAUGAUGGACCCUGGAAAUAUGAGAUUCCCUCGUUUUGGGCCUAGAUGCGAGACGUUUUAUACGCCUGGAGUAAGACCACCACCACCUGUCCGAACGACCUUCAAUGCGGUGCAUGAAGAAGCCAUCGUUAGCUCGGAACUCGACAUGAUGGCAGCUCUUCUUGCUUCGAGCAAAACAAUGAAUGACGAUUCUAAAAACGUUCCAGCUAUCGCCCCUUCGUCACCUGCUUAUGUAAAUGAGCAUAACCAGCAGCCCGAAAGUGCAAGUCCACCACAACCUUCGAAAACUGAAACAGAACCAAUCCCUCCUAGUAUCUUGGUUGAAGAUAAGUUCGUACCUGAAUUUACUACGACUACAACUCCACCUCAGGGUCCAGCACCUUGGCGCCUCAUUCCUUUGGACAUGACUGUCAAAAUUCCUUAUCCAUUAAUGCAGCUCCCUGUAGAUGACUUGCCAUACCGUUUCGAUGAUCCAAGAUUGCGUGGCCAAUUGACUACAUUCAGACUCCAACCCCCAUCGAAACUUUCUUCGAGUAGCAGUGACCCAGAAAAUUCGAAGUGCAAUGAUGAACCAGAAGCACAACAUCGCAGCGAAACUGUCACUGGAACUAAUGAUGAAAAUUCAGGUGCUUCAACACAAAGACGACCAAUCAAACUACAGUUGCACGAAUUGGCCAACACAUUUGCUAAUACAUCAUCUGAUCACUUACAUGUAUCUAGUCGACAAGGUGAUCGCUCCUAUCUCGAUGACCCACGAUUCCGAAGAAGAAGGAUCGUGGUCCCAGCAGCAACCUCCCAAUCAGCUCCAAACGUUCUCAAUCAAAGUAACCCUAAUGGUACAGCACAAACUACACAAGAAUGCUCCAACUAA